CAGUUCCUCAGGCUCACGGGAAGCCACGUGUGAGUCUGGUUCUUCCGCUUCUUCAGCUCCUUCUAACACUUGAGCCUCACCUCCUCGGUUUGGGAGCUGGGCACCAAGCAGUGAACCAGGACCAAGCAAAGUCAAGUACCGGGUUAAAUCCAAGAUGUGAGGGCACUCCCAGCCCCUCCAAUGCAGCCAUCUUCCCACUCCAGAGGCGUCCCAGGAUAAACUCGGGGUACUGGCCCUUUAAACGUGACCUGCGGAGGCGGACGGAGCUAAAACUGACGUGGAACCAAGAGUGAGCGGCGUCAGACGCGUGGUACAAGGAGUCGUUCAUCUUGCAACCGGGCGGGGAGUGUUUCCACUUUGGGCUGUACAUCUUUAAUACGAUGUUAAGAAAGUGUCUGCUGUUGUCUUUUUUCCCCCUCUUUUUUUUUUUUUUUUUUAAUUCAAGCGUAGUUGACAUACAAUAUUAUAUUAUUUUCAGGUGUACAACAUAGUGAUUGGACAUUUAUUUACAUUACAAAAUAAUCAGCCUGUUAAGACCUGAUAGUUACCGUCUGUCAUUAUACAAAGUUAUUAUAGUAUCGUUGACUAUGUCCCCUAUGCUGUAGGUUACAUCCCCAUGACAUUUAUUUUACGGCUGGAAGUUUGUACCUCGUAUCCCCUUCACCUAUUUCUGCCUUCCCCCCACCCACCUCCCCUCUGGCAACAGCUAAUUUGUUCUCAGUAUCUACGAGUCUGUUUCUGUUUUGUUUUGUUUGUUAAUUCGUUUUGUUUUGUUAGAGUCCACAUAUAAGUGAAAUCAUACGGUAUUCUUCCUUCUCUGUCUGGCUUAUUUCACAUGGCAUGAUACCCUUGAGAUCCACCCAUGUUGUUCCAAAUAGGAAGAAUUCGUUCUUUUUUAUGGCUGAAUAAUAUUCCAUUUUAAUUAAAUUUAGUUAUAUGUACAUAUAUGUAAUGUGUAUAUACAUAUAUGUAAUAGAUAUAUAUAUUAGAUCUUCUUUAUCCAUUCAUCUACCCAUGGACACAGGUUGCUUUCGUAUGUUGGCUGUUGUAAAUAAUGCUGCAAUGAACAUAGCGUUGCGUAUAUCCUUUGGAGUUAGUGUUUUCCUUUUCUUCGGAUAUAUACCCAGAAGUGGUAUUGCUGGAUCGUAUGAUAGUUCUAUUUUUAAUUUUUUAAGGAAUGUCCAUACCCUUUUCCCUAGUGGUUGCACUAAUUUACAUUCCUACCAAUAGUGCACGAGGGUUCAGUUUUCUCUGCUUUUUUCCUUUGUUUUUCCAAUACCCUGUGAUGACUCAACUCUGGAAUAAAGGAUGUAUCUAAACACCUCUGUCCCCACUCUUUUGCCCAUAUUAAAAAUGGCCGCCUCCGCCUUCCACAAUGAUAGUUGCUCUGCGAACAAGAUCCGUGCGGAAACAGUGCGUCGGCAAAUGCAGUGGGGCAGAGCCCAGGUUGAUUUAUAAAGGCUCGCGGAGUGUCGCGCGCAGCUCAAGUCAGAGUUGGUGGGUUUUGCUCAGGCUGGUGUGGGAAGAUCCAGCCUGUGGGGAGCGGCCACUUCUUACUGCUGGGGGCUCAGGGCUUCUGUCCAACUUGCCGGUUAUCUGAGGAGGCGGCAGAACGGGACCCCUGGCCGGUCACCAUGUGGGCCUUCCUGGAGUUGCCGAUGCCGCUGCUGGUGAAUUUGAUCGGCUCGCUGCUGGGAUUUGUGGCCACACUCACCCUCAUCCCCGCCUUCCGUGGCCACUUCAUCGCCGCGCGCCUCUGUGGCCAGGACCUCAACAAAUCCGACAGGCAGCAGAUCCCAGAAUCCCAGGGAGUGAUCAGCGGUGCUGUUUUCCUUAUCAUCCUCUUCUGCUUCAUCCCUUUCCCUUUCCUGAACUGCUUUGUGGAGGAGCAGUGUAAAGCUUUCCCCCACCACGAAUUUGUGGCCCUGAUAGGUGCGCUCCUUGCCAUCUGCUGCAUGAUUUUCCUGGGCUUCGCGGACGAUGUACUGAAUCUGCGCUGGCGUCAUAAGCUGCUGCUGCCCACAGCUGCCUCACUACCUCUUCUCAUGGUCUAUUUCACCAACUUUGGCAACACGACCAUUGUGGUACCCAAGCCCUUCCGGCCGAUUCUUGGCCUGCAUCUGGACUUGGGGAUCCUGUACUAUGUCUACAUGGGGCUGCUGGCAGUGUUCUGUACCAAUGCCAUCAAUAUCCUAGCAGGAAUUAAUGGCCUAGAGGCUGGCCAGUCGCUGGUCAUUUCUGCUUCCAUCAUUGUCUUCAAUCUGGUGGAGCUGGAAGGUGAUUAUCGGGAUGAUCAUGUCUUUUCCCUCUACUUCAUGAUACCCUUUUUUUUCACCACCUUGGGAUUGCUCUAUCAUAACUGGUACCCAUCACGGGUGUUUGUGGGAGAUACCUUCUGUUACUUUGCUGGCAUGACCUUUGCCGUGGUGGGCAUCUUAGGACACUUCAGCAAGACCAUGCUACUCUUCUUCAUGCCCCAGGUGUUCAACUUCCUCUACUCACUGCCUCAGCUGCUGCAUAUCAUCCCCUGCCCUCGCCACCGUAUACCCAGACUCAAUACCAAGACAGGCAAACUGGAGAUGAGCUAUUCCAAGUUCAAGACCAAGAGCCUCUCUUUCUUGGGCACCUUUAUUCUAAAGGUAGCAGAGAGCCUCCGGCUAGUAACAGUACAUCAGAGUGAGAAUGAGGAUGGUGCCUUCACUGAGUGUAACAACAUGACCCUCAUUAACUUGCUACUUAAAGUCUUUGGGCCCAUGCAUGAGAGAAAUCUCACACUGUUCCUGCUGCUGCUACAGAUCCUGGGCAGUGCUGUCGCCUUCUCCAUUCGGUACCAGCUUGUCCGUCUCUUCUAUGAUGUCUGAGUCCCCUCAUCGUUGCCCUUUACUUCACAAUCUCCAGGGUUCUUGACUCAGGCCGACCUCUUUCUGGACCGAGACUGCCUCCUGGCCCAGGCCCUCCAGAGUUUUCUCCUCAGCAUUUCCUUCCCCCUGUGAUUAUUGACAUCCUGGCCUUUCUUUCCCUCUAAUGAUCAUUGAUUGGACUUUGCCUAUGGCUUUCUUCAACUUGCCACUCUCCCUCUCCAUCCCAUCUUUGCAGCCUCCUAAAGUGGGAUACUGAAGCUUUUAUGCAGUUAUCUACAACUCUGACUCUGAAGGAAUAUGUUGGGCCUGGGGCUAGAACCCUGGCUGGGGAUAGGGACACAGGCUCGAAGAUGACUUGACAUUUGGCUAUAAAUUAAGUAUUCUGAUUAGUAAGAGCAGACCUGGGGGCCAGGUGCUCCCAGUGGUGACAAUAAAGUGUUGUCUUUUUCUUUU